AUGGCUUCUCUUACCGCUGAUCCUCCAGCAUGUGCUGUGCCAGCCGCCGGAGGCUCAUCGGCUCACAAGCUCCAAAACGCUGGAACCGAUAAGCUCAUCUUCAAGGUGAAAUCAUCGAAUAACGAUCACUAUCGCAUCACACCGGUUUUCGGCUUCGUCGACCCAUCGGGAGCCGCUGAGGUGAAGAUCACCCGUUUGGCGGGACCACCAAAGGAGGACAAGCUCGUCAUCCAUUUCGCCAACGCGCCAGCCGACGCCACCGACGCGCAGGCGGCGUUCGCUUCGGUUCAGCCAGCCGGAAACAUCACCAUCCCAUUGUCGGCGACCUAA